AAAACAUCUAUUCCUUCAUCCUUUAUUCCUCCCAUCCUUCAUCUCUUCAAACCAUUGCCCUUUCCUUUCCUUUUAACUGCUUGUUUUAAGUGUUACCUAUAUGUACUGCCUCUUUGCCACUCUGGCUUGUUCCGCAUCAGCUAAUCUUAUGAUAAAUUCCUUUAUGGAAUUUGCAGCUCUUUUUUUUGCAUUUCCAUCCUAACAAAUUAUUCCAGCAUCAUUCAUUUUGAUUACUCCUAGGUUCUGCACUUUUGUGCUCUGCCAUUACUUACCGCCUUGCUUUCUUCUGUAUUCCUGCUGAAGGAAUGGGCCCUAACAUCUAGGCAGAAGACAGGUGCUACAUGGGCAGUACCUGAAGCAUGCUGAAAACACUUUUCAAAAGAUCGUGAGGAAAUUAGAGCCCUUGCAGCUAUUUUGAAGUGUUCCCACACAAACGGAUUCAUUAAGUUUGAAAACAAAUGCCCUAACCUUAAGCCAUGGCCCAGUGAGUACCCAAAAGGUCCAGCUUGUAGUUUAAUUUGUGUGUUUAUCUCCCUGACCAGAGAUCCUGGGGGAAGUGAUAAUUCAGUUUCAUUUUGACGAUACAUUGUCUUAGGUAAAUGUUUCACCAUUCCUAGUGUGGACAACAAUGCUUCAAAGAAUUACAGUGGCUAAAAGUAAGUGGAUUGAUACACAAACAGCAGUGAUUGUUAUAUUUAAUAUGCGUUCUUUCCCAUUCAUUAAGAGCUAUGCAUAUUAUCUUUUCCAUGGAAGGGAAAAUUCUCCCUCUCAGGGAACUUUAGCUCACUUUAGCCAAAUUCAAUCAAUCCACUAUACUUCUUUUCCAGUGUUGUACCCCACCCCCAUUCCCUUUUCUGGGAAUAGCUGUAUAACACCCUGAGGCAACCUGGCAGGGUGAAAGGAGUUCGCGCCCCUAAAUCUUAAACACACAUUUUCAUGCCCCGCCUCUUCUGACCCUGUGAUUAUCAGGCCUGACAAGGGCCUAGUUCCUUGACUGCAUCUCCAGGCCUUACGGGAAAAGACUACGACUCCCAGGAUGCCCAUCUCUCCGCCUCGAUUCCCUUCCCCCUGCUAGAAAGCUUGUAUCACGGAGAAGACGAGGCAACAUGGCUCCCGGUGGUGGAAGGCAGAAGCUUCACCCCCUUUGAAACGGUGAAGAAUAGCGGCGGGAGAGGAGCAAAAAAGAGAAGUGACUACGAGCCUUCAUCACUUUUAUCUUCCCAGCCUCGCUUGAGUCUGGUCAGCCUCACCUCUGCUCUCCACCCUUAACCCAGCCUGUGGUCUCCUCCCCUCCCCACCCUCGCUUCCUCGCCCCUCCCGUAGGGAACCCUUUGCCCGCCCCCCUCACCCCCUGCGGAGUGCGCACGCGCCCGCCUCCGGCUUCGCGCCGGGAUCGCGUACUGGUCGGCCUGCGCAGCCGCCGUCUCGUCUGCCCGCCGAGAAAGCAUGGGCGUCCAGGGCUUCCAAGAGUUCUUGGAGAAGCGCUGUCCUGGCGCCGUGGUGCCGGUGGACCUCCUCAAACUCGCGCGCACCGUCUCGCGCCAGCAGCAGCAGCACCUACACCGCCAGCUGCCACCAGCAGCCCUAGCGCCGGGGGCUCCACGCGUCAUCAGGGGUUCUGCUCCUCUGCAGCCGCCGCUCCCGCCCGCUGCCUUUGGUGCCUAUUCCGGGGGCGCGGGGCCGACUCGGCAUCAUCACCCUGCUCACCAUUUCCACCACCAUGGCCAGGCGCAGCCGGGGCUGCACCCGCCGCCGCCGCCCCCUCCGCUGCCCGGGGCCCGGGUGCUGGUAGACGCGGGCUCGGCGCUGCCGCGCCUCUAUGGCGGCUACCAGACGGAUUGGGUUUGUGGCGGCCAGUGGAAUGCCAUGCUGGGCUACUUGUCAGCGCUGUGCCAGGCUUGUGCCUAUCCCGGCGGCGACGGCCUGGAGCUGGUGGUCAUGUUCCCCGGGGGCCUGGGCAAGGACCGACUGGCCGAAUGGGGCCGUCGGUGUCAGGCGGAACGGCAGACUGCGCAACUGAUCGUGGGACACGUGGGCAACAAGGGCACCCCUCCACCGCGGGCCUGGUUCCUGCCACCUGCCUGCCUGAGCCACUGCGUGAGGCUAGCACUCAUCCGCUUCCGGGUCAAGGUCUUUCAAAGCCUUGAAGACCACCAUUUGGAAGUGGUGGCUUUUUUCAGGGAAAAUGGCUUCCAUGGUCUUCUUGCUCAUGACUCCGAGUAUGCGCUCUACAAUAUCCCCUCUUACUACAGUUCCCAUGCUCUAAAGCUGAGCUGGAAUGGGAAGAACCUCACUACCAAUCAGUUCCUGAUGCAGGAAGUGGCCAAGCAGCUGGGCUUGAAGCGAAUGAAUUUUCCCAUAUUUGCUGCACUGCUAGGUAACCACAUUCUACCAGAUGAGGACCUGGCUGCCUUUCACUGGAGCCUUCUGGGACCAGAACAUCCACUUGCAUCACUUAAGGUCCGAGCUCAUCAGUUGGUUCUUCCACCAUGUGAUGUUGUGAUCAAGGCUGUUUCUGAGUAUGUUAGUUCCAUCAAAGACCCCUCAAACCUGGAUGUGGUUGGGAAGGAUGUUUUCAAACAGUCUCAGUCUAGGACAGAAGACAAAAUAGAACGAUUCAAGAAAGCAGUUGAGUACUACUCAGUCACAAACAAACUCUCUUCGCUGCCUGUGGGUCCCUCCUUUCUAGGCUUUCGAAAUAAUCGACUUGGAAAUCCUCCUCUUCCACGAAAUCAAAUGGGCACCAUUUCUGCUGGAAAGCCAAUGUUUUCUCGCCAGGUACCCCAGAAAAUGAAAUAUCCACCACCAUUUCCAAUGGGACCCAAAUCAUCUCUUCUCUUCUCCCAUAGUCUGGGAGAAUCCCAUGCUUUUUCUGAAGACCCCAUGCUGCAGGACAGCCCCUUUGCCAAUUGGGCUGUUUCUUAUGACUCUUCUACAUCCCAGUUUCCUAACUACCUGACUUCUAAAACUUCACCUCCUUUGGGACCAGAUUCUUCCCACUCCUCUUCCUCUGAUGGUGAUGAGCCAAAUGGAGCCAGUUCUGAUCACAUCACAGAAGCACUCCAACAGCAGCCUGGAUGGGAAGAUCCCAAUGGUGACAGAGGGUCUUGGGUACAGCCUGCUGAUGCUGGAGUUUCAGAAACCAGCUUAGGCGAUGGUGAACCUCACAUCCCAUCUCUGUUAUCUAUGUCUACAAGGAACCACAUGGACAUCACCAUUCCACCCUUACCUCCAGUAGCUCCAGAAGUCUUACGGGUUGCUGAACACAGACACCGAAGGGGUCUUAUGUAUCCAUAUAUCUACCAUGUCCUUACUAAGGGUGAGAUUAAAAUUCCCGUAUGUAUCGAGGAUGAGUGUAACAUGGAGCUGCCUCCAGCUACUCUCCUGUUCCGGUCAGCUCGUCAAUAUGUAUAUGGAGUUCUUUUUAGUCUGGCAGAGACACAACGGAAAAUGGAACGUCUGGCCAUACGACGACGGUUACCUAUGGAAGUUCCUUCUGUGAUCCUUAAAGAGUGGUCUGCCUAUAAAGGGAAAUCACCUCAAACUCCUGAAUUGGUAUCUGCACUCACAUUUCGGGAAUGGACGUGCCCAAACCUCAAGAAACUCUGGUUAGGAAAAGCAGUUGAGGACAAGAACAGAAGGAUGCGUGCUUUCCUGGCCUGCAUGAAGUCAGACACACCCAGUAUGCUCAAUCCAGCUAAUGUGCCCACACAUCUGCUGCUUAUGUGUUGUGUACUCCGGUACAUGGUUCAGUGGCCUGGGGGCCGAAUCCUGCAUCGACAUGAACUUGACACUUUCCUUGCACAGGCAGUGUCUACCCAACUUUAUGAACCAGAUCAACUCCAGGAACUCAAGAUUGAGAAACUGGAUGCCCGAGGGAUCCAGCUUGCUGCCCUAUUCAUGAGUGGGGUUGACACAGCUCUGUUUGCUAAUGAUGCGUGUGGCCAGCCAGUCCCUUGGGAGCAUUGUUGUCCCUGGAUUUACUUCGAUGGCAAACUGUUCCAGAGCAAGCUCAUUAAAGCAGGCCGAGAGCGAGUAUCCCUGGUUGAACUUUGUGAUGGACAGGCUGACCUGGCAAGCAAAGUGGAAAAGAUGAGGCAGAGUAUCCUUGAAGGAGUCAGCAUGAAUCAUCCACCGCCUUCUGCUCUACUCCCACCACCAACUUUUGUGCCUCCCAUGGUACCUUCUCUCUAUCCUGUUUCGCUUUAUUCCCGAGCCAUGGGCUCACUUCCACCUCCCCCUCAAGCAAGGAGCCGAGGGUUUGCAGGUCUCCAUCCAAUCCCACCCCAAGGUGGAAAACUGGAAAUUGCUGGGAUGGUAGUGGGCCAGUGGGCUGGCAGCAGAUCUUCUAGAAGUCGAGGAUCCUUUGGCAUGCAAGUGGUUUCUGUUGGUGGCCCAGGAAAAGGGCAUGGAAAAGAGCAGACUGGUAGAGGAUCCAAAAGUCACAAAAAAGGAAAUAAACAAGGCUCUUCGGAUGGAAUUUCUAAACCCUUGGAGCUUCAUCAAGGUCGGUCCCGCUCACAAGUAAAUGGAAACAAUGGCACAUUGAUUAAGGAAGAGAAGAAUGAUCAUCAUCUUCCAGCUCCAUCACAGUGUGCCUUAUCCAGAGACAGUAACGUGUGUAACAAUGAUAACCACUGCCUCCCCAUGAAGAAUGGAGAGAAGAACCAUGUACAAGAGCAAAAGCUAGAAACCGUGGCCCAACAGAAAGAAGAAUGACAAACGAAGGUGGCGUCACCUGUCAGUAAGAGGGGAAAACUAUACUUUUCUGAUUCUAGGCCCAAGUUAGAGGAGGAUAUAAAUGUUUACCCUAGAUUUAUCCAGGAUUUUAAGGGGACUUCCUAAUCUACUGUAUCCAUAUUUUCUUCCCUAUCUUUUCUGGAUCCAGAUUAGAAAUAGGGGGAUUUCUGUUUAAAGAUGAUUAGCAACAAGACAAAACUCUGAUUCUCCAAUAUAUAGCACCAGUAUUCUCUUUGUCUCCCCAUGAAAUCUAGUAAGGCAGUAACUGUCAGAAAGCAGAUGUUGGCACAUAAAGUCCUAUGGAAAAGUUCCAGCUUUGGUUUUUGGAGUAUUUAACGUGAUAUUCAUUUAUAAACUUUCAUGAUAAAUAUGGUGUUGAGAGGUCAGCUGCCUAUGGCUUCCUGAUUUUUUUCUCUUUGAAGUGAUGGACUCUUGAUACCUAAUCAGUAUCUAUUCUUCUUUACUCUUUCCCCUAACUCACCUACCCCAGGAUUUUGUAUACCACCUCUAGCUCUGGCCUAACAACUAGAUACGUAGAUGUUUUCAGGGAAGUGGACAGUGUUGGUUCUGAGUUAUUUUAUUUUUUAUUUUAUACACUUUAGAAAAGUACAAUGGCCUUUGUACUGGGAGAUUCAAGUGAGUCAGAAAAGUACUGGGCAGAUUUUUCCUGCCUCUCAACCAGUGCAUUGUUUAUAAAAUAGAAGAUACGGUGCAGUUCACCCAUUCUCUGCUGCCCACACUCGGAAAGGGUGGAAAUCAAUGUAAGAAACUGAGUACAAAAGGGACUCAAAAGACUCUAUAUGUGUGUAUGUGUGUAUAGGUGUGCGUGUGGGUGUAUAUAUGAACGUGUGUAUCGAUAUGCAUACACAUACCCUUUAUAUAAGAGACAGAUCUAUUUAUCUAUACAUAUUUUAUAUAGAGAAAUGUGUGUGUACAUAUAUGUAUACACAUACAUACAUGGUAAUGUCCCAGAAGAUUUACUGAACUUCCCAGAAAUGCUUCCACUACUAUGGAGUGGUGGGUUUCUAAAGACCACACUUUAAAUCUGAAAUCCUUACUAAGUCACAGCCCAUCCCAAUUAUAAGAUGGGCUACUCUAAAUCAGACACAAAGUACUUUCCAAAGAUUGCCUGUUCAGAACAACAAAUACUUCACCCUGAACAGAGCCCUCACAUCCCAUAUGGUGAAAACAGGAGGUUGGAAUGGGAUUGGGAAGAGAUGGGCAAUUCUUUAUGAAGGUUUGGAGAUAGAAAAGGGAUAGGAGGUGAUUACCAUUUGAAAGGGUUUUUAGCCAGUCUGUAAGAAAUGUCUUGAAGAACUCCAGGAUCAAAUUGGCUUCCAGCAAGAACUGAUUAGCAUUUAAUCCAUGAAGGAGGGAAGAUUAGCAUUGGAAAGAUGGGGUACGGAAAUGUGAGGAAAUAUGACAGUUUGAUUUUACAUGCUUAGAUUGUUUCAUUUAUUCAUUGACAUUUUGACUACCGGAUCUUUUCAUUUGCUUUGUAAGCAAGAUGUCAGAGGAUUCUGGCCUGGGCUCUGAGAGGUAUUCUACAAAGAUUUUCAGCCCCUAUGGGGCCAAGAUCUGCCCAGGAUAGAGAGGCUGUUCCUUCUUGCUGGAGAUAAUCUUGAGACAACCUUGAUUUCCAGUUUCCCUCCUUUUGGGCAUCCAAAAUCAAGGGAUGGAAACUAGGCUUGUAAUUAAUUAGUAGUGUAUCUUUAUUCAGGAAUCGAGGCUUCUGGCCUCACACAUCUCCUUUUUGGACUUUGAUAUUCUUGCCCAAGAAAUAUGAUUUCUACAAGAAUAUAACUGACUAGACUCAUAGCAGGGUUCUCUCUUUUUGAAAAACAACAACAAAAAACAAAAACAGAAAACAAAAGCAAAAACUUAUGCAACUUAACUCACAUCAGAUCCUUGGUGAUUUUUUCCAGUUAAGUAGAAGGCUGUUUGCUAUCUGCUCACUCCAUCUCAAGAAAUUAAAAUGUCUUGGGCUGUUUAAUUGUAGUCUGGCCCCAUUUAAGAGAACUCACAAUUUUCAGGGGGCAGGAGCCCUGGUAUGCCUUGCCCCUUGCCCAGAUAGUUCUUACAUAAACCUAAUAAAGAUGACAAGAGUGUAUACCUAGCCAUAUAUAAGCAGGAAAAAAAUAUACAAAAACAUCCUUUUUGAAAUGAGAUCCCUGAUUUGGUCCCCCUUGUUCUCUUGGACCUUUUCACCCUUUCACAAAACCUUGAAGGACUUUUAUAUAUAGUAAGAGAGAGAAUUCAUCAUAAAUUUAGAUGGCUUAGAAUUGUCUUUCUGAGCCACAGAGGGAUGAAUCCUUCGGAGCUCCGAAAGUAACCAAAGUCACGGAGGGAGUGAAUGCUUAGGUAUAUGGUCAUAUAUCUAACAGGACAUACUUGGAGUUAAAUGGUAGGGUGUCUUCAGUUGCCGUUUCUGUGCAUCGUGAAUCUCUCUGACACAGAUGACAGUAUUGUUAAUUCUCACAUCAUUCUCACAAGGUUAAGGUUUAUUUUGUAGCCAUUCACUAUGAGAGAUUAAAACUGCUGCUUUGACAGAAAAUAUUCCCAUUUGCCAAAAGAUUUUAUAUUUUUCCCCCUUUCACAAACUUCUACUUUCCCUAGCCUGGCCCAGGUUGAAUCAAGUGGCUCACUUUUAACCUUGAAUUUUGUUUUAAUUCAGUAUUUUGGGCUUGGGAAGUUAAAAGAGAACUAUAAAUGGUUAUGUUCCUAGAUUUCAGUGUACCUCCCAAAAUACACAAUUUAAAAACUACAGUUAAUUAUUAAGAAAUGAACCUUUUAUAAUUGGGAGACAAAUUGGGGACCUUUACUGUGCCACUUGAGGUUCCACUUCUGAUUCUGAUUGUCUGCUCUUGAACAAAGUCAUGUUGAAAUUCCCAGAAAUGACUGCUUUACCUUAUAAGGUAACAGUAAAAAAAAUAAAAACCAGGUAAACAAAACAAAAACUCUGAUUGUGUACAGCCACUGAUCGAGCCCCAAGAACUUGCAGUUUUUUUCUACCAGUGUCGAUGUGUCUUUGGGUCAGCCUGUAAAUCUUAACUUUCCCAGUGACCAGGCCCCACAAACUUCUGCUCAUUUGCAUCAUUUUUAUUUUUGGGGUAGGACUUCAGGUAGGCUGAAGCUCUAGGAGUGGUACUUACUUGCUAGGAACAUUUUGGGGGUUGGGGCAUUUGUUUGUUUCCAUCUUGAUUUUCUGACACUGUUGGCCAAGUCACCCCAAUUUUUUUGAACACUGAGAAAACUAGCCAGACAAGGCAUGGGGGGAGGGGUUGCAAAAUGCUUAUAUAGGAUAGAAAGAAUGUGAGCAUAGUCCUUUGGUUAUGAUGAUUUAGUCCUUUGGAAACUUAGAAGGCCCCUGUGGGCAUACAGCACCACCCAUUCAGCCUCUAACCCUCCAUCCUUUGAAAUGACAGUACAAGUAGACCAUAAUUUAAAGUAGUUAGCAUAAUUCUACUAAGAUUUAAUCAUUAUACUUCUUCACUUUCAGGUGCGUAUUUCCUAAAUAUGCUUGGGGUUCAGGGUGGGGGGUAAGUUUUCACUGUUCCAUUGUAUGUCCUUUUUUCUCCCUCCCAUCAGCUUAGCAUUUUUUGACUUUCUCUUUUCCCCCUUGCCUUAUUGAUGUAGUCUGCUGCUACAGAUAGACAGCUCAGUGCACCUAUUCCCCCUUUACUGCUCAUUAUCUUCUGAGGAUAUUGUGAUGUUCUAAGAAAUUGAUGUCACUUUUUAUAAAAUCAUCUUUUCUAAGUUAAAAGCAAAAUAAAACAUGCCCUGUGCUAGGGUGCCCAUUUCAGCUUUUGACAUUGCCUCUGUACUUUUAUAGAUGAAUUUUUUGUCUGUGUUGGUAGUAACUAAUGGCUAGUGAAUUUUCAUGUAAAUGAAGCAAGUUAAAUGUUUCAGAUUUUAUUAAUUUCUCAUAACCCUGCCGGAUCUGAUGAAUUUAAUUCCCAGAAGGGACUUCCCUCCUACCUUUUAAUUUGUUCUAUUUUUAGACUUAACACACUAGGUGAAAAAAAAAAAACCUUUAACUGCAAAGUCAGUGAUUUUUAGUGCUCCCUGAUAAAUGAUGUUAUUGACAAAAGUAAAAAUUUCUUUCCUUGUUUUUUUUUUCCUGUGUUACUAUCUCCUCUCCUGUGCUCUUGACAGUGUGUUUAGUGGAUGGAUAAUACGUAUUUCUCUUUGCCACUCCCAGAUUCCAAGUUCCCUGCCUUUUUGGCCCACCUCACCACAAAAGCUCCAUAGUUUAUUAAUGUAAGUUUGAGUGGAUGCUUCUUGGGGGAAACUGCAGGACUUAGUGGAAAUGUUUCAGAAGGGAAUGAGAAUGUCUCAGGAGUUGUUCUGUGAUGGAAUUUGAUCUGUUGUUCUGUUAAUGCUGAUGGAAAGAAACUUACAGUGCUUAAUAAAAGUCUAUUCUUUUAGUUUAAAAAAUGUGAAAUAA